UAUACAAAAUAAAAAAAUCCGGAAGCUCAUUUUGAGAACCUUGAAACUCCCGUUCGAGAAAACUUACCUUUCAUUUAAAAUUUAAAUCACAAAUCACCGAGAAGCUUCGAGAGUGGAAAGAGAACCUAAAUACGUUUGUCUCUUCGGGUUAUUCUUAAACUUUUAUCUUUUAUUUGCACAAUUUACAUGUAUGAUCAUUAAUUAGUGAAUUUUCGCGAGUAAUGUGUGGCCAGGAAAAUAAGAAAAUGAGUGUUCAAGACACAAUUGAGGAGUUGACAGAAGUUUGUAUAAAUCUUCGUCGAAGUGUCGAAUCCGUUGGGGAUCAAAAAGAAAAGGAGAGGAUUGUUUUGAAGCAUAUAAAAGAGUUUGCGAACACGGGAUUAGAAAUUAACGAUUUCCAAAAAGGCUUGGAGUGGUUCAAUGUUUCCGAAGAAUUAUCAGUAUACAAACAUCUCGCUGGGAAGAUUAUAGUUCUAGAUUUCUUCACGUACUGUUGCAUCAAUUGCAUGCACAUUUUGCCAGAUUUGGAUGCGCUUGAAAACAAAUAUUCAAUCGAGGAUGGACUUGGUGUUAUUGGGGUUCAUAGUGCAAAAUUUGCUAAUGAGAGGGACUCAGAAAAAAUUUUACAUGCAGUUCAAAGGUAUAAUAUAGCACAUCCAGUAGUGAAUGAUAGCAGACUUUCCAUGUGGCGCGAUAUUGGAAUAUCAUGCUGGCCAAGUCUUGUUAUCCUAGGUCCAAAAGCACAACCUUUAUUCGUCCUCGUUGGAGAAGGCCACCGAGAAUCUUUAUUCCUCUACAUAAAAGUAGCCCUCUCUUAUUUUAAAUCUCUAAAUGAAAUUUUGAAUCACCCCCUGCCUCUGAAAUCCGUCCAGCAUCUUUUACCAGCUUCCAAAGGAAAUUUGUUAUUCCCUGGAAAAAUAUGCGUAUUAGAAUCCCAGGAUGGGGAAAAACUACUUGUUUCUGACAGCGGAAAUAACAGAAUUUUAAUCAUGGAUAAACACGGAAAAGUAGAAACUAUAAUUGGAGGAUACGCACCAGCUUUUCGAGAUGGAAAUUUUGAAAAUGCGAGGUUCAAUGCACCUCAGGGUGUCUGUAUCCUUGGAAAUUGGAUUUUUGUUGCUGACAAUGAAAAUCAUGCAAUUCGUAAGAUAGACUUGGUGGAAAAAGUCGUAACGACUGUCGCAGGAACUGGAGUUCAAGGACACGAUUAUUCUGGUGGAAAACUGGGAAAAGAUCAAGUUCUUUCGUCUCCCUGGGACGUGGCAAUUUAUAAUUAUAAUCAAGAUGAACGCAGCAUUCCUGUUCUUUUAAUCGCGAUUGCUGGUCUCCAUCAAAUCUGGGCCCUCUUUCUAGAAGACACCAUUUGGUGGAAGAAAAAGCUGUACAAAGCCGGAACUUGUGCAGCGAUUGUCGGAAGUGGAAAAGAAGAAAAUAGAAACAACGCCUAUCCUCACGCAGCAAAUUUGGCUCAGCCUUCAGGUCUUGCAGUUUCUCAGGAACUAAAAUCAGUUUUUUUUGCUGAUAGCGAGAGUAGCACGAUUAGAAGAGUUCAUCUCGAAGAUGGAAAAGUUUCUGCAGUCUGUGGAGCCGACAAAAAUCCAUCGAAUUUGCAUUGUUUUGGAGACGUCGAUGGAGUUCAGUAUUCAGCAAAACUUCAGCAUCCACUCGGAGUUGUUUGGGACUCUUCUAGAAAAUUAGUCUACAUAGCUGACACUUAUAAUCACAAAAUUAAAAAAGUCGAUCCUACUGGAAAUUGUACAACGUUGUACGGUGGGGAAAAAUCCAAAAGCGAUCAUAAGUUCAAUGAACCGAGUGGCUUAGCACUGAGUCCUAACAACGAAACACUUUACAUUGCUGAUACCAAUAAUCACUCGAUUAAAGCAGUUGAUAUCGAGAUUCAGAAAAUACACGAGAUAUUCGUGAUUUUGCCUGAGGAGAAAAGUAAAACAGACUGCAAAUUCGAAUUUGAUACAGCAAUCAGUGCAGAUGGAGGAGAAUUGAGUAUCUCACUCACACCGAUUUUCGAAUCUGAUUUGAAAUUAAAUUCUGAGGCCCCUCAGAGAUGGGCCCUAAUUUUGCCUUCUUCCUGGAGUGGAUCGAAUUUAACGGGCGAUAUUAAAACGCCUUCGACUGUAAAAAUUCCAAAAGGAGAAGGAAAACAUCAAAUUAUAAUUCAUUUAGAUGUCGUGGCUUGCAAGACCACAGAAUGUAUACCAAAGAAGGUUUCGGUAGUUUUUAACGUGAAUCAAAAGUCUAAUGCUCCUUCGACUGUCGUGGAAAAAAAGGAAUUGCUUUUGAAAUAGUUAUUUAUUUUCGAUUACAUUUCUUUACAUAGUUUUUAAUCAUGUUUGCAAUCUUUAAUUGAGUUUGGAAUUUAUUGACCAUGAGAUAUUUUUACUAACGCCUUUUUACAAUUUUUAUAAUUAUAUAUAGAAAUAGUUGAAUGUAUUAGCUUUUUUCGAAAUAAAAAAGAUUAC